UUAACUUUAACUCAAAAGAACCAAAGAAGGAUGAAAUCCAAGAGAAGCAACAUCAGAUGGUGAAAGCUUGAAGCCAGCAAAGCAAGCAUCGUGACACACUGAAGAAAUACAUACAACAGAUUCCGACCCUCUCUCUCUCUUUCUCUUUCACACACAUCAUCGCUGGUUCACGCGGAAAAAAACCAAACUCCAUCUGCUUCCUUCACUCUCUUUCACUCAAAUUCACGCAAAAAAUAAAAUCAAUUCCAUCAAACACACAAACACCAUCUUCUGAAUCAUUCAUCCAAUGCUGAUGAGUUUCACCGUGAAGCAAACCCAGCAACUGUCCUCAAAUCACGGCCUCCUCUCUCUCCGAGGUGCACUUCUCACCCUCGCCAUUCUCACCCUUCUCUCCUUCACAUUUCUCUCCCUCAAGUACUCCACCCCUUCCCCUCAGAUCUCUGUAGCGAAGCUAGUGAAUCCUGAAGUGAAGGAUCGCAACGAUGAGGAAGAAGGAGGAGAAGAGUUGUCUGAUAUAUACCACUCGCCGCGGGUUUUCAAGCUUAACUACGCGGAGAUGAUGGAGAAGUUCAAGGUUUAUAUAUAUCCUGAUGGAGAUCCCAAGACAUUUUAUCAAACACCUAGGAAGCUCACUGGGAAAUACGCCAGUGAGGGAUAUUUCUUCCAGAACAUUCGGGAGAGCAGGUUCCGAACCCUUGAUCCGGAUCAGGCACACCUCUUCUUCAUACCAAUCUCCUGUCAUAAGAUGCGUGGCAAGGGCACAUCUUAUGAUAAUAUGACAAUAAUUGUCCAAAAUUACGUGGAGGGCUUAAUAGCCAAAUAUCCUUAUUGGAACAGAACCUUGGGUGCUGAUCACUUCUUUGUCACUUGUCAUGAUGUUGGUGUAAGAGCAACAGAAGGGCUUCCAUUUCUUAUCAAAAAUACCAUUCGAGCAGUGUGCUCCCCUAGCUAUGAUGUUGGAUUCAUUCCACACAAAGAUGUUGCUCUCCCUCAAGUACUACAGCCCUUUGCUCUUCCAGCUGGAGGGAAUGAUAUAGAGAACAGGACUAAUCUUGGAUUUUGGGCCGGUCAUCGUAACUCUAAGAUUAGAGUCAUUCUUGCACGUGUAUGGGAAAAUGACACUGAACUUGACAUUUCUAACAAUAGAAUUAGUAGGGCUACUGGACAUCUGGUAUAUCAAAAGAGAUUUUACAAGACGAAGUUUUGUAUAUGCCCUGGUGGUUCACAGGUUAAUAGUGCUCGAAUAGCCGACUCUAUCCAUUAUGGAUGCAUCCCUGUGAUAUUAUCAAAUUACUAUGACCUCCCUUUUAAUGACAUUAUUGACUGGAGAAAAUUUGCUGUUGUACUCAAGGAGAGUGAUGUAUACCAACUAAAACAGAUCCUCCAAAAUAUAUCACAUGCUGAGUUUGUAUCACUUCAUAAUAAUCUAGUCAAGAUUCAGAAACACUUCCAAUGGAAUACACCACCUAUAUCAUAUGAUGCAUUUCAUAUGGUAAUGUACGACCUCUGGCUACGCCAUUUCACGAUCAAAUACUGAUGAUAUGAAGACUCAUCUGUUUUGUAUACAUCAUACAGUUUUAGCAACCCCAAAGUGAAAUACUGUAAAUAUUCAUUUUAAAAUUUUGUUAUAUAACAGCUGGUUUUUCAAUACUCUUGCACCCUUAACAAUUCUUUAUUUAUUCAUUUGCCGUGAGAAUCUUGCUUGCGAUGAAAAUAGUUAUAUUUCAAUGGUUUCUGUUUGUAAUUGAGGGGUACAAUUGAGUUUAGGUUAU